AUGACGACAGAAGGAUAUAGCACAAAAGCCAUACAAGCAGCUGUCCGUAAAGAGAUCUUUACUCCCUGCACCCAAUCAAUAUCAGAAAUAGAAACUCUAUUCUCCAUGUAUCCUACAGACUACAGAUUCCAUAAAGAUUCGAUUUUCUAUAAUGUAGUGGCUCGACCAGUAAAGCACUUCAAGGCUUUUUAUAGACUUGCACAGCUUGUUGAAUCAGAGAAGUUGAAAGAAUUCAUUUGCUUUCCUAUACGAACCACGUUUAUUCCCGCAUAUAUGACAGUGGAUAUGGCUGAUUUUUUUUUUAAAAAGAAAGCUUUUAAAGAACAAGGAUUAAAUAAGUCUCUUCAUUUUGAAGGGACUUUGGAGACUAAUGGAAUUGAGUUGGCAAGCACGAAUGGAAGAUGCGUUUUGAUUGAUCCCGGAAGACGUGAUAUUUUAUACUGCAUGAAAGAAACCAGUGUGGUCAAGCACAAGGAAGUUCUUGUUUUUACAAAAAAUGACAGAUCAAAAAGAUCAAGACACUUUAGAACUUUACGAAAGUCAACUAAACCAUCUAUGGUUGAAUCCGCUGAAGCUCUUCUUUCCAAAACCCCGUUAACCACUGUAGAUGUAGUCAAAUUUGUAGAUUACAUUAAGACAAGAUCAUCGAUGGAAAACAUAUUAAACCAAUACUAUGGAAAUAAAACAAAAUCAUCCGAAGUUCUUUACUUCCCUGGCUCCUUGUUUUCCUUUCGUGUGGAUGAGAAAAGUAACCUGGAUUUUGGACAUUUAUUCGUCUUAAAUAUUCGAGGCGUCGUUUCUUCUCCUGACACUCGAACGCAAUCUCAACUGUACCAUAUGUACUUGCAGCUAAUGUUGCAGCAACGACAUAUCUCAGAGAGAUUGGACGAUGGAGUCAAAAAUACAGUGCUUGAACUUGCAGAGAAGAUGAUCGCGGAUGAAGAAGUCAAUCUGAAACAACAUAUCAGUGAAUUGUUGGAGAAACUUCAAGUUUUGCUGUUCCGAAAGCUGAAGUUUUCAUCCAGAAUUUUCUAUGAUCAAAAUGACCAGAUGUUAGUGAAGAGGUUGAAGAAGAAGUUUGGUCAUGAUGCGAUUCUUGUUAUUGGUAUUUGGUCCGCUUCAAACACAAAAUAUCACGAGCCAACCAGGAGCAUAGGUCUCACUCGAAUGCUGAAGAAAAACGGCUUCCAAAUAUUCAAGACUGACGAAUAUAAAACUUCUUCAUGCUGCCCAACCUGUGAAAGUUCAUUAGAAACGUUUAAAACAGUUGCCAACCCUUGCCUCCAUAAGAGAGCAGCCAAAAUGCCAACUGUAAAAUGUCAUGGUUUAUUGAGGUAA